GAAUGGGAGAGGAAACCGAAAUGUGUCAAUAGAAGACUAGGAGGAUUGAAUCGGGCAAAUGAAUAAUUUGCCUUUUUAGUACAUACACCGCGUUAUUCAUCACCAGGGACGUGGGAUAACCGCCUUUAACGUUCUUCUAAAUAAUUAUCGGCUGUUUUCAUUACAUAAAAGAAUUGCAGAGCUCUUCGCCGCUGGCAGAUAUGGAGCAGGUGUCAGAUGAUGAGUUGGACCAUGCUGCUGAAGAAGACAGCGAUAAGGAGGACCAGGAUCUGGACAAGAUGUUUGGUGCCUGGUUGGGAGAACUAGACAAACUCACACAGAGUUUGGAUGAUGGGCGUCCUGAGAAAGUGCAGAAAGCUCCUCUCAGACAGGAAACGAACCUUGCCAAUUUCUCCUACCGUUUCUCUAUGUACAACAUCAACGAAGCUAUUAACCAAGGUGAGACGGUUGACCUUGAUGCCCUCAUGGCCGACCUGUGUUCAAUAGAACAGGAGCUCAGCACUAUCGGCAAACCCAUGAGCAAGACCUCAGAUGGCAAAUCUAGACAGAGACCCACGGGCCGCUCGGCCAGCACCAAACACACCGGAGGGGGCAGCAGCGGAGGAAGCACCAGCAGCAGCACCAGAGCUUCUCCCGCCUCCACCGUACGUGGCGGCAGCGGCCAGUCACGGCCCCUGGCCUCCAACUUCUCCCUGGAUGACAUCACCGCUCAGCUAGAAAAGGCGUCCCUGAGCAUGGACGAGGCGGCGAGGCAGACUUCUGAAUCUUCCUCGUCGUCUUCGUCCUCGUAUUCAUCUGCGACUCUCUCUCACCCGCCUUCCAACACGCAUCAUCGCCGCACGGGAUCGGUCGGGACGGUCAGCGACCAGGAAGUGCGUUCCAUCGGUCACUCGUCCAGGUCAAGCGUCAACUCUGCCUCUGCGUCCAGCAUGGAUUCAUUGGACAUUCGAGGGCAGGAGAGUGAGGCCCAGUCACAGAAUCAGACCCAAAGCCAGACUAGCACAGAGCAUGUCUCACUGCGAAGGGCCAAUGGUAAAGCUACCAGACGGCAUCUUGACUUCACCUCACAGGAGGGGGAGGUGGAUCAAAGUACUCACUCGUAUCUGGACAGGGAGACCUCUCUGAUUCUGAAAAACAUUGCAGGAAAACCCUCUCACCUGCUGACCAAGGAGGAACAGGCUGCCAAAGCGAAGGCUGAGAAAAUCCGAGUGGCGCUAGAGAAAAUUAAAGAAGCCCAGGUUAAAAAGCUGGUGAUACGUGUACACAUGUCAGAUGAGAGCUCAAAGACCAUGAUGGUGGAUGAGAGGCAGACGGUCCGGCAGGUGCUGGACAGUCUGCUGGAUAAAUCUCACUGUGGUUACAGUCCAGACUGGGCCCUGGUUGAGACCAUCCCUGAGCUACAGAUGGAGAGAAUUUUUGAAGACCACGAGAACCUGGUGGAGAACUUGCUCAACUGGACCAGAGACAGUCAAAACAAACUCAUGUUCAUUGAACGGAUUGAAAAAUAUGCACUUUUCAAAAAUCCACAGAACUAUUUACUUGGGAGGAAGGAGACCUCUGAGAUGGCAGACAGAAACAAGGAGGCAUUGCUAGAGGAGUGUUUUUGUGGGAGCUCGGUGUCUGUUCCUGAAAUUGAGGGAGUGUUGUGGUUGAAGGAGGAUGGCAAAAAGUCUUGGAAGAAGCGCUACUUUCUGCUGAGGGCAUCUGGCAUCUAUUUUGUGCCGAAGGGCAAAGCCAAGGCUUCGAGAGAUUUGGUGUGCUUCCUGCAGUUGGACCAUGUUAAUGUUUAUUAUGGUCAGGACUACCGGAGCAAGUACAAGGCCCCCACUGACUACUGCCUGGCGCUCAAACACCCUCAGAUACAGAAGAAGUCACAAUAUAUCAAAUACCUGUGCUGUGAUGAUGUCAGAACUCUACACCAAUGGGUUAAUGGCAUUCGUAUUGCUAAGUAUGGGAAGCAACUGUAUGUGAACUACCAGGAAGCCAUGAAGCGCACAGAGGCUGCCUAUGACUGGUCUUCUCUGUCCAGCACCAGCAUCAAGUCGGGCACAAGCUCAGUCAGUAUACCUGAAUCACAGUCAAACCACUCGAGUCAAGCAGACAGUGGUAUGUCAGAUGGGACUUCAUCCUCACAUGCCCGUUCCCAGAGUGUAGUCAGUUCAAUCUUCUCUGAGGCCUGGAAGAGAGGCACUCAAAUAGAGGAGAGUACAAAGGCAAGGCCAGAAUCAAUGCGCUCUACCCAUUCAAGCCAUAGCAGCCAUUCUUCUCAUCAUGUGCCUCAACAGCAACAUCCACACCCACUGCAACAUCCACAUUCAAUUCCACAGUCACGUGGGAGUGUCACCCAGGCACCGAUACAGGCAGCAGCACAAGUACCACCCCAGGCCGCUCCAGCCCCACCACCUCCACCUCCUCCACCCCCCUCCUCCUCCUCCCCCUCCUCCUCCUAUUUCCAAUGUCCCCACCAUGCCACACCUACCAUGUUCGCUAAAUACAGCACUAUCACUCGACUGCAGAAUGCCUCUCAGGCAACAAGUCACCACAAGCCUCAGCCUCAAGUCCAGCAGCAAGUGCCACAAGUCCCACCAGCCUCCAAACCACAAUUGAACAGUAUUCCACCAGGGGCUAACAUCCCACCUCCUCCUCCACCUCCACCUGCCCCAAUGCCUCCACCUGGAUCAGCCAUGGCUGUUUUGAAGCUUGGUCCUCCAACCCCAGCAACAGUUUUACAGUCCUCCCCUCCUCCUCCCCCCUCAUCUCCACCUCCACCACCUGCUCCCAUAAUGCCCGUGCAGUCACAGCCUUUACCGCCUCCACCUCCAAUAAUGCCUGUGCAGUCACAGCCUUUACCACCUCCAAUAAUGUCAGUGCAGUCACAGCAUUUACCACCUCCUCCACCCAUAAUGCCAGUGCAGUCACAGUCUUUACCAUCUCCUCCUCCCCUAAUGCCAGUGCAGUCACAGCCUUUACCACCUCCUCCACCCAUAAUGCCAGUGCAGUCACAGCCUUUACUACCACCUCCUCCUCCCAUAAUGCCUGUGCAGUCACAGCCUUUACCACCUCCUCCACCCAUAGUGUCAAUCCAGUCACAACCCCUGCCACCUCCUCCACCUAUAAUGCAGAUGCAGUCACAGCCUUUACCACCACCUCCGCCAAUAAUGCCAAUCCAGUCGCAGCCUUUACCACCUCCCCCAACCCCUCUUCAGGCAAAUGGCCUUCCUCCUCCUCCACCGCCUUUGUCAGUACAGGCACCUUUCAUAACCAAUGGAUUAAAAAAGGUCCUUGCCCACAAAUUUCCCAAUAUUCCCCAGGAUAUAAUACCCCCAGCCAAUCAGAUCCAUUUCCCUGCUCCUCCCUCCUCCUCCACCACCACCACCGCCACCACCCCCACCAUCAGCACCUACACUCCCUCGCCAACAGCAUUUUGCUACAGCUCUGAAUCCACCGCCACCGCCUCCUCCACCACCUCCACCAGCCCCCAUGCAGCUGCCAAUUCAACCUGCAGUUUUGCCCAAAACUUUUUUUAGUGGAU